AUGCAAUUGUCUGUUUUGUUAACUUUGUUGGGUGCUGCUGCUUCUGUUAAUGGUCAGUUCCAAAAUGCCACCAGUGCUUCUUCUAUUUCAAGCGCUGAGGUCUCUCACCAUGAUGAUCACCAUCUACACACUUUCACUUCUACCAGAAUUGAAGUUGUCUCCGAAUUUACCACCUACUGUCCAGAAGCAACUACCUUCUCCUACAACAAUAAGACUGUCAUUGUUACCAAGCCAACUACUUUGACAAUUACUGACUGCCCAUGCACCAUGACCCACAUUGAGAGAGAUGACCACCACCAUCACUCCGAAGAAAAGCACCACUCCUCUGAAAUUGCUGCCACUUACCACAAUACUUCUACCACUACUACUACUACAUGUAUCACUGAUUGUCCAACUGUUGGUCCACAUGCUGUUCACCCAGAAGACCACAAGCCUGUCUCUUCUUCAGUUGCUGCUGAAUCCAAGGUGGAAAGCAAAGCUGCUUCAGAGACUAAGAAGGUCACUGCUACUCAUCAUGAAACUACUGGCAGCUUAAGAACUUCUCACACUGAAAACGCUAAGGCUACUAAGUCUUCUUCUUCUCUUCCAGUGACUGUUCAAACCACCAACGGUGCAGGUCAUUUGCAAAUGGCUUCAUUGUUCCUAACUUUGGCAAUGAUGUUAACUACUUUUUAA